AUGUGGCAUGAGGCUCGCCGUCAGGAGAAGCAGUUGCGAGCGCGGAUUGUGGAUUGCUCCAAAAGAGCAGAAAAACGAAGAAGAUUCUAUGACAGUGUGAGAAAGGAUCCGGAUCAGUUUAUGCAACUGCAUGGUCGCAAAUGUAUUAUUCAUACGGACAAAAGCAUUGCAAAGGCUGCAGAGGAUGGUAACAUACUACGGCAGUGGCAAGGAGACCCCACAGUGAUGAUCGAUCGCUUCGAUGUGCGUUCUCAUCUGGAUUUCAUUCCACCGGUCAAGAAGAAGUCCGUUGUGCCGGACAGUGAGGAUGAAAGAAUUGAAAUGAUUUGUGAUUUUGAGCGAUAUCGAGUGCUAAUAAUCAACGAAUAUAGAGACGUCUCUGAAAAGGAGUAUUUACGUAAAAUUGCGGAAAAAGAGUUCUGGAGAAUUCCGAAAGAUGAUCAGCUGAAGACGGAGCAUGAUAAGAAAAAGAAAUCUUCCGAAUCCAAGGCAACAAUCGGGUAUAGCUACGAAAAUUCUGUAGUUGUGAAGAAGGACCACGACGACAUUGAACUAAGUGAUGAUAGUGAUGAUAUAGAUCAACCGGAAGAUAUUGGUGAGUAUCAUUAA